AUGUUCCAGUCGCGCGCUGCUGCCCGCCGUGUACAAACCCUCAGAUCCUGCAAGAGACCCUCUCUCUCACGCCCUGUCCUAAAUAAUAGAGAGAUAACUACCUAUCCUCGCAGAUCAUCCGCCGUCGCCACAGCGCACGCAUCGGGGUCGUCCAUUUACACCGACGACGCACAGCACCUCCACCCCGACGACCUCCACACUGACGAUCUCCCCAUCACCAGUCAGGACGCGAAUCAGGUCGCCGUCGGCUGGGACACACGCACCUGGUCUCGUUUUCACAACAUCUGGCUACGCGACCACUGCCGCUGUCCAAAGUGCUUCCAUCCCAUCACUAAACAGCGUCUCUUCAACACCUUCGAGAUCCCGAAAGAUCUGACACCGCUCCACGUCGACGCCAAACCCGGAGGGUUGCAAGUAACAUGGCCCUCGAAAGAACCACACGUCUCGGUCUACCCUUGGUCCUGGCUCCAGCUCAAUUCCUACGAUCCGCCAUUGAACAGAAAACAAGAAUCCAACGAAAAAAUUCUAUGGGGCUCCAAAAUCCAGCAAUCGCCACCAACAGUCGCGUACGAAGAAGUCAUGAACGACAAUAAUCACGGACUGUACAAAUGGCUCACCAACGUCCACAAAUUUGGAUUCUCUUUCGUGUCUGGGGUACCCGCCACUACCGAAGCUACUGAGGAACUCGCGCUGCGCAUAGGAUUCAUCCGCGAGACACAGUAUGGUAAAUUUUGGGACUUUACAUCCGAUCUGGCAAAGGGAGACACGGCGUAUACGACGCUCGCGUUGGGUGCCCAUACCGACAACACAUACUUUACGGACCCCUGCGGCCUUCAACUCUUCCACCUGCUCUCGCACACGCACGGAACGGGCGGGGCGACACUCCUCGUGGACGGGUUCUACGCCGCGUCGCUGAUGCGCGAGCUGCAUCCAUCUGCGUACCGCUUGCUUUCGGAGGUGCCGGUGCCGGCGCACGCGGCGGGAGACGCUGGGAGCCUAUAUGCGACGGGGGAGGGAUACCCUGUCUUGACGCACACGGGGCAGGGCGAGCUCGUGCAGGUUAGGUGGAAUAAUGACGAUCGGAGUGUGAUGCGUGGGUUGAGUGCGGAUGUUGUCGAGGAGUGGUAUGAGGCGAUUAGAUUGUGGAACAAGUGCCUUACGAGUCCGGACUCGGAGUAUUGGGUGCAGCUGCAGCCCGGGACGGCGGUCGUUGUUGAUAACCACCGCGUGCUGCAUGGGCGGUCGGCGUUCACGGGAAAACGCCGGAUGUGCGGCGCCUAUAUUGGCGUAGACGAGUAUAAGUCCAAGUUGGCCGUGCUAAGAGAACAGUUUUCGAACUCUUCCACAGGACAGGGAGAUGGAUUAGAGGAACAGGGUGGUAAGAGUUCCGGAGAGAAGGAGAGGGAUGUUUGGCACCCUUUGCUUUAA